AUGGAGAUGGGUGAUAGCAGCGAGGACGUAGCUCCAAAUACACUACUUGAUAUGGCCGACUUCAAGUUCAAGGAGUGGCUAAAAGAGAAACGUCUCAAACAGGAAAGAGAGAAGGAGAUGAGGCAGAUCGAGGAACAAAAACGACAACUCCAGCAGCAAGAGCAGCAGGAAAAAGAGCAACAGAUUGAAAAACAACAGCAGCAGCAGCAGCAGCAGCAGAAGGGCAAAUUGCUGAAUUUGAGUGAGAUUGAGGACGAUGAGGACGAGUCCCAGAGAUCUGCCACAGGAAAUUUCGACAUUCCAAACGAGAAAGCUCUUGAAGAUCUACUAGAAGUUGCUGACAAAACCCCUCUCAUAACCCAGAUGAGGUGUGGUGAAUACUCCGAGAAAAAUGAUCGUCUCGAAUACCUGCGUCGUAGAAGGAUUGCUAAUACUGCACUUUCUGCAAAGCCACUACAGUUCAUAAUUGACUCACCGUGGUCUGCCGUCAAGACCAAAGCUACCCGCCAGUUGCUGAUAGACAAGGUUAAAAACGCUCUUGCAGAAUACAAUUGUACUGAUGAGAUUGCGUUAGCCAUCAUCCUGUCAUUGACAAAUAAUAAAAGAAGAAAUAAGAACCGUAACAAGAAUAUGAAUAUAGUUCUGAAUGGAGGCACCGUCAAGAGAGGAAGGCCUCCUACACACGGACUCUACAGUGGAAAGCGGAAAAGGAAGCCCGAGGCAUCUACUCUAGUAUAG